GUUUCAUAAACCAACGGACACACAGGCCUGGAGAAUGGGACAGUAUAUGGAAAAAUAUGGUAAACUACAUGGUACAAUACGUGAUGAUGCAAAACAAUUUACAGUUGAGUGGGUUUGUUUUGUAAAUGCCUCUAGAAAAUCUGGCCAUUUUACUCCCAUAAAGAUAGCUUGGCAAAAUGCCCAGCCUCUGCAGGUGUGCCAUUAUGUGUAGUAGUGAUGAGUGCUGAUUUACUCUGCAGUUCGGAAGGUGUACGUUGGUUAGGUUGUCACGACUUCCGCCAAAGUCGGCUCCUCUCCUUGUUCUGGCGGUGUUCGGCUGUCGACGCCACCAACUUUCUAGCCAUCGCCGCUCCAUUUUUCAUUGUUCCAUUUGUUUUGUCUUGUUCCCUGCACACCUGGUUUUCAUUCCCUAAUCACACUGCAUGUAUUUACUCCUCUGUUCCCCUCCGUGUCUUUGUGUGAAAUUGUUUAUUGUUAUGUGGUUAUUGUGGCGCGCCAGGCUAUGUUUCCAUGUUCCGUGUUUGUGCACGUUGUAUGUUCAUUUAGUACAUUAGCUUUGGUGAGUGUUUUUUCGCGCUUUGCACUUUUGCCUUUUUUUCUGGAGGUUUUGACGCAGUUUGCGUCCAUCUGUUUGUUCACUCUAGCCUGAAUAAAGUGUGCGCCUGUUCAAAACCCUCUGCUCUCCUGCACCUGACUUCGCCACCAGUACACACACCCUUGACAGAGUUCGCAGGAGCAGGUACCCAGGUCAGAGGAGUCGAGGAGCACUUGGCAAUGCUGCAUCAGCUCGGUGCCAUGAUGGAUUGCGUUGUCCAGACCAUGGACCGCUGGGAGAGACAGGAAGUCUCUCCAGCACCUCGACCAGUACAACCGGGGUUACCUCUACGCGUCCCGUUCGGAUCCAGUUCCAGUGGGAUUCCUCUCUCCCUUCCCAGGGAGUAUGAUGGGACGGCAGCACAGUGCGAGGGGUUCCACUUGCAACUGGACCUAUACCUGGCCACCGUUCACCCAGCUCCCUCGGGAAAGGAGAGAGUGUCCGCCCUCGUCUCAUGCCUCUUGGGGAGAGCUCUGGAGUGGGCAAACGCCAUGUGGGGGGAAGGAGACGCGGCGUGGGACCACUUCGAGGAGUUCACCCGUUGCUUCCGGGCCGUCUUCGACCAUUCGCCCGAAGGAAGAGUGGUGGGGGAAUGGCUCUUCCACUUGAGGCAGGGCACGAGGAGCGCCCAGGAGUUUGCCCUGGAAUUCCAGACCUUGGCCACCGGAGCAGGAUGGAACGACAGGGCCCUCAUCGACCACUACCGAUGCAGCCUGCGCGACGACGUCCGAUGGGAGUUGACCUGCAGGGAUGCCACCAUCACUUUUGACCAACUGGUGGACUCGAGGCAGCAGGCAGGGCACUCUGGCGUCACCCCAGAUGUGUCAGUGAGCCUGCUGUCCCUGGUGGUGACAGCCUGUGGCCUGGCCCUGUUCGGGGUCUCAAUCUUCGUCUCCUGGAAGCUCUGCUGGAUCCCAUGGAGGGAGCGUGGCCCCUCCCCCAGCAUCAAGGAGCCCACCCAUGGGCACCACAAUUCCCCCAUGGCACCUUUACAACCCUAUGUCCCAUCCAGGGAGUCAGUCUACACAGCCGUCGACCCACUUGUCCCAACCCUCGACCGCCGUGAGUCCCAUCGCUGCUCCAUUGUCCCUGUGGCAUCUGGGACCGUGACGGGGCCGGUGACCCCCGUAUCACCGCCCCCCAUAGCGGCGAUCAUCCCCAUCCCAGAGGCGGCCAUGAAGAUUAGCCACACGUCUCCAGACAUCCCCCUAGAGUCCCAGAGUAAAGGCCGCGAGAACGGGGUCCACACCAACCCUCGUACGCAGAGGCAGACUACUGAGCCCUCACCCUCCGUCCGGUCAAUGUCUAUACACACAGAGAUUGGGUCUAACUCUAUUCGUAGAUUAUCCGUAAACAGGUCCAACCCGGACUUUAACGUGGCCCAGUUCCAGAGACAAGACUCCCUGACUGGGAUGGGACUGGGUCUGGGCCGUCUCAAACCAGAGCUUUAUAAGCAGCGCUCCUUGGAAGGGGAUGAGGGCGGCCGGCGGGGCGGAGGCUGUGGACACCUACACUUCAUUCUCAAGUUCGACUGUGACCUGGAGCAACUAAUCGUCAAGAUCCACAAGGCGCAGGAUCUCCCCGCCAAGGACUUAUUGGGCACCUCGGACCCCUACGUCAAGAUCUACCUACUACCGGACCGGCAGACCAAGCACCAGACCAAGGUUCACCGCAAGACACUCAACCCCGUGUUCGAUGAAGUAUUCCUGUUCCCCGUGGAGUACGCUGAGCUGCCGACGCGCAAGCUGCACUUCAGUGUUUAUGACUUUGAUCGCUUCUCGCGCCACGAUAUCAUCGGCCAGGUGGUGGUGGACAACUUCCUUGAUCUGGUGGACUUCCCUGCAGAGACAAAGCUUUGCCGGGACAUCCAGUAUGUCUCCACGGAUAAUGUGGACCUGGGAGACCUGAUGUUCUCUCUGUGCUACCUGCCCACUGCCGGCAGACUGACCAUCACCAUGAUCAAGGCCAGGAACCUUAAGGCCAUGGACAUCACUGGGGCAUCAGACCCGUAUGUGAAGGUCUCGCUAAUGUGUGACGGUCGGAGAUUAAAGAAGAGGAAGACGUCCACUAAGAGGAACACUCUGAACCCUGUCUACAAUGAAGCCAUAGUCUUUGAUGUCCCCCCAGAGAACAUUGACCAGAUCGGCCUUAUGAUCGCCGUCAUGGACUACGACCGUGUAGGCCAUAAUGAGGUCAUCGGGGUGUGUAAAGUGGGCACCGAUGCAGAGCACCUGGGCCGAGACCACUGGAACGAAAUGCUGUCUUACCCGCGAAAACCCAUCGCCCACUGGCACCCGCUCAUAGAGUACCAAGGCACCACAGGUGGGAGCCAGGCAGGGUCCUGUAAUUCCCUGAAGACUCCUCCGUCUCCGUAAGCCCGUAAGCUUAACCGUCUGGUCCCUCCUGGAAUACGACCACAAGGAGAAGAGCCAGGCAGCCCAGCCCAACCGUAGGAGUACAGUCCUGCUGAGUGGUCGACAUACUGUUAUACGUCACGACCGUGUGCGGUCGAUCUCCUGGUUAUCAGAGACCAAUUAUUGUCUGCUCUGCGUCUCUGGGACAGGACGUUUGCAUGGGGAGUUGGAUUGAUUCAGUUGCAUGUUGAGUAACCACAUAAUAUGGUUGUUUUCUUUUUAUUCAGUUCCAAAAAGAAAAUCGAUGACAAAAACAACCAGGAAGUUUUAACAGUUUUGUCUAAGCCUGAGUUUGAAGUAACCCUUUAUUACAUUAGUCUUGUUCUACCUGUUUUUAAUGGGGUGUGUCUGUAUUGCACAGUGUACUUAAAAACAACCAGUUGAACUGACAUACAUAUUUCAUUUGGAAACGGUGCAUGAGGUCAUGGUUUUUGGUGGAAUAUCUUCUCCUCAGUUUCUUUCGGUUUCUGUUCUUGGAAUAGAAUGUUGUGUCGGAUGAUCACAUGACAUGUGCAGUGGCAAUUCAUUUCUUAGACUUAGUACCAGUACGUAAAAAUGUCCUUUCAAUUGUUAUCAAUAAAUAUUUAUUAAUAAAUACA